CCAAAGUAGUCUUUCCAUGGGGCCAAAUACCCAAAUUCGAUCAUCCAAUCGCCAACGUCCCCCGAAAACAGAGUCCAGCCUCCAGAAGCCUCCUCAUCUCAUUUACAUUUAUCAGCGCACUCGAGUGCAGAUUCCGAAGGACACUUAACGAAGGUUCGAUCUUGGUACCCUCCAAAUUAUACUAACCACAAACCCUAGCCCUAAUUCCAAAUUCCUAAUUUCCAAUUUCCCAAUCUCUCUCUCACUAACAGUGCAAGAACCAUAUCUCACUUCGGUAGGUCUGGCCCUCCGGACAUCACCGACACCUACUCUCUCCUCGUCCUCAACAUCACCUUCCGUACGAGCGCUGAUGAUCUGUUUCCGCUUUUCGAUAAGUAUGGCAAAGUUGUUGACAUCUUCAUCCCCAGAGACCCGAGGACUGGAGAGUCAAGGGGGUUUGCUUUUGUUUGAUACAAAUACGCAGAUGAGGCUCAGAAAGCAGGUGAAAGGCUCGAUGGGAGAGUUGUUGAUGGCCGGGAGAUAUCUGUUCAGUUUGCAAAGUAUGGGCCAAAUGCAAAGAGGAUUCAUAAAGGAAGGAUUUCUGAAGCUCUACCAAAAUCAAGGUACAGGUCAAGAAGUCGCAGUCCUCGGAGAAGGUACCAAGAUGACUACAGAUACCGUGAUUACAGGAGGAGAAGUCGCAGUAGGAGUUGGGAUAGGUAUGACCGUGACAGAUACUAUGGUAGGGACAGAGACUACCGUCGAUGAAGCAGGAGCCGUAGUGCCAGUCCUGAUUACUACAGGGGCAGGGGAAGGGGGCGCUAUGAUGAUGAAAGGCGGAGUCUGACUCCAUAUAGGAGUCGGAGUCAGAGUCCAUAUCGGAGUCGUAGUCGGAGUCCAUAUCGGUCUAUUGAUAGUGCCUCCCCUGCUCGGUGUAGCCCUAGUCCUCGGAAGAGCCCUUCCCCACUAAGCAGGAGCCGCAGUGCCAGCUCUGACAAUCCCCCAACCUCUCGAAGUGUUUCACCACGUCAUCGCCCUGCUGAUUCUCGAAGCCCAUCCCCUCGAAAUUCUGAUUUUGAUGAUUGAUAUUGUUGUAUGGAAACAAUCAUGGAAGCACCCUGAGUUGUGUACUUUUUGCAGCUCUGCUGAUAUCAGGGAUCCUUGAUCAUCGUGCUUGUUUCUUUUGGAUCUUUUAAGUGCUAGUUCUGGUAGGACGGGUUUUCUUUAGUACUCUAUUAUAUAAAUGCUGCACCUUGUGCGUUUCUUUAUUUUGCUGGGAUCAUCUGGCAACUUGUGGGCAUUGUAGUUUGUAGAUUGGUAUUAUUUUAUUUACAGAGGAUAUUCUGUUGUAAGUUUCGUAGUGUAUUUUCUUUCAUUUUUGUU